GCCCAAAUUGGGCCCAUUAGUAGGUAACCUAGAAAAGCCUGUAUAUAAAUAAAUUUGUCCCCCCAUUAAACCCUAAUCCAUAGAGUGAAAUUUGAGAGUUCCAUUAUCAUCUUGGCGGCUCUUUUGAGUUUAAUCGAACAUGAAGUUUAACAUUGCUAACCCGACAACUGGGUGCCAAAAAAAGCUCGAGAUUGACGAUGACCAGAAACUCCGAGCUUUCUUUGACAAGAGGAUCUCCCAGGAGGUUAUCGGAGAUGCUUUGGGAGAGGAGUUCAAGGGAUAUGUUUUCAAGAUUAUGGGAGGAUGUGACAAGCAAGGUUUCCCAAUGAAGCAGGGAGUGCUUACUCCAGGCCGUGUUCGUCUUCUGCUUUACCGAGGUACUCCUUGCUUCCGUGGUUAUGGAAGGCGUAAUGGGGAGCGAAGAAGGAAGUCUGUCCGUGGAUGCAUUGUCAGUCCCGAUCUUUCAGUUCUGAAUUUGGUUAUUGUGAAGAAGGGUGAGAAUGAUCUCCCUGGACUGACAGACACUGAAAAACCAAGGAUGAGAGGACCCAAAAGGGCUUCCAAGAUCAGGAAGCUCUUCAACCUUGGAAAGGAUGAUGACGUUAGGAAGUAUGUCAAUACCUAUCGCCGAACAUUCACAAAUAAAAAAGGGAAAGAGGUUAGCAAGGCUCCUAAGAUCCAGAGGCUGGUAACACCAUUGACUCUCCAGAGGAAGAGAGCAAGAAUCGCUGACAAGAAGAAGAGAAUUGCCAAGGCUAAGUCAGAAGCUGCUGAUUAUCAGAAGCUUUUAGCGUCUAGGUUGAAGGAACAAAGAGAAAGGCGAAGCGAGAGUUUGGCUAAGAAGAGGUCUAGACUUUCUGCAGCUUCCAAGCCGUCUAUUGCUGCUUAAGAUCAUUGGGAAAGCAAUCUGUGAUAUCUGAGUCUGGUCUUUUAUAGCUAUUGCUGGAUGUGGCUUUUGGUAGCUUUUAAUGUUCUGAGAUGAUGAGUUUAAGUUAGUGUAUCGUUUACUAUGUGAUCUUUCUGAUCAAAGAUUUUGGUUGUUUAGUACUUGCUGAAUGAAAUCGUCCCAACGCUUUUUAUUUUGUUCUCUCUUUUGGAUAAUUGGUUUGGCUUUUGACUUAUUCUAUGAAAACUUAUAAUUUUGCAUGCUGCAUUA